GAAAUGUUAUGCUGCUUGGCAGUCAGUCCACACAGAAGCAAAAUGGCCGAUAGUAAACUAACAGAUCUCGUACCGUCAGUCAGUCACCGUGGGCUUAUUGUGUGUGUUUUGUUUACAGCCUGAGUACCACAGUCGUGUAAAAGGAUAUUGGCCUCCCUGCGAUUCACGUCUCGGUGAUGUCAUUUCUUAUCCAACUUAGCCUUGAAAGCCUCGAAGAACUAGCUCGCUAAGCUAGCUUCCCUAGCUAGCCCGUCGGUCUGCGAGCGUCUUCUGCACGGGACGCACUUUAUUUCAGAUGUGAUUCCCGAGGUCAAAGGCAUUUCGGGGUCUGUCCAAACAGCUUCGACUGCGUUACAACAUCAACACGACAGGAGAAUAAGGAACGGGAAGAGCAGUUAAUGGAAGACAAGAAAAAGAAGAAAGAAGAAAAAAAGAAAAAGGAAACUUCUCAGAAGGUCCCAGAGCAGAACGUCAAAGUGCCAGAAUCAAACAAGUCCUCCUGUUCCCAGCAACCCACCAUCCCAGCCUCAGUCUCCCCCAGCCCUGGCCCUGUGGCCCCUUCUUCCCCAAGUCCUACUGCCACUGGGCUCUCUGCAUCUGUUCCUCCUGGUGGUGGGAACAAUGCAAAGCAGCGGACUGCUGUGGCCAACGGACAGCCCUCCUCCCUUUCUGGAAACCAAACUUCCCAGCAGCAGCGAUACAUGUCCAGAGAGGUUCCCCCAAGAUUUCGCUGCCAGCAGGACCACAAAGUGCUACUGAAGAGGGGGCAGCCUCCACUGUCCUCCAUGCUGCUUGGGGGAGGUGGGGGAGAUGAGAGUACAGGUGGGGUUGGGGGAGGCAGUGGCUGGGGUGCCACACCAUCUCUUUCCUCGCAGGAAGCAGAAAACACCAAUGCAAACACAGACACAGAUUCAAAUUUGGGUUCAUCCUCUCCUUCACCACCAAACACAUCAUCCUCAUUAUGUGUCACUACUCUGUCAUCGUCUUCAACUUCUACCAAUUCAACUUAUGCAAAUUCCACAUGGGGGGCAGGGUCCGUCAACCUGUCCUCCUCUCAGGGUUGUGACAAGAUCAUUGUGGAUGGGACUGAUCUGGACAGCUGGCCUAGCAUCGUAGGUGCAGCCAAAUUAAGUUCUGAUGGUUCUGGAGGAGUGCAGGAGCAAGAUCGCCCUGGUAACAAAAACAGUAGUGCCUCAUGUCGUGAGAACCUCCAGCAGAGAGGAGGAGCAGUUGAAGGAACAGCAGGGAAAGUGGACAAUCCCACUCAGCCUUGUUCUUCAACUCCUUCCUCUUUUUCAUCACAAAAUGAAUGUGUUCAGACAGGUGGUGUCAUGUGGAGUUCCUCCACUUCCUGUCGAAUGGAGGCAGGAUUGGGAUCAGCAGCAUUUUAUAAUUCCAAAGUCUCCCAUCUGCUUCCAGGACCCCAAGACAGUCCCGCAGAUGGCAACAGCAAUCUCCCUGGUGCCACCUUAAACCCCAAUGUGAAUCCCUCGGCCUGGCCAACGCUAGUUCAGGGGAAUACAUCAACUUCAGCUACUUCUUUACAUUUGUCCCCACUUCCUGUCAGUCCCACCUCUCUCUCUCAUGAACACAUUGAGACAGCAGAAUUAGACAUGGGUACAGAACAACAACAUCCCUUGAAAAACACAGAGCGCAGGCUGGGUUCAAGUGAAGAGGCACAAGAAGUGGGACCAAGACCAAAUCGAGAAGAUGGUGACAGGGGAGCUGUGUCUGAUGCUGAAGGAGAAAGCAGUGUGAAUAGAUCUGUCCCUUUGUCUUCAUCUUCUGCUGCCUCUUCUUCUUGGAAACCGUUGACUACAGUGCCCUCUGCUCAUGUAACGGGUGGUUCACAGGAAGAUCAAUGGAGUGGAGGACAGACUGGGGCCCAUGAACGAGAAGUGAAUCUGGGGGACUGUGGUAACCAGGGUGACAAUACAGGGUGGGGAAAAGGAAGGGAUGAUGAUGGUGCAAAUAUCCAAAAGGUAUCUCAGGGAGCGUGGAAAGAUAGGAGCUCAGAACUUGGCUGUGGGGAUACAGACGAAUGUGUAAGUUCAAAUAAAUUAGCAAUAGCAAGUGCAACAGUGGGUUGUGGGAGCAAAAACAACAGCAGUAGGGAUGGAGCUAUUGAAAGUGAUGGCGGGAGUUCUAUACAAGAUUCUGCGUCACCAAAGUCUGCAACAAUGGAAAAUGCUUGGGACAAUCAGAAAGGGAUAGAGAGUGGGUGUACAGCAGAACAACAAGGAGAAAGCACCGGAGGGGAUGGACCUACCUCUGGCGGUGAUGGUACAGAAAAUGGUGGAGAGGGGAGAGGUACUGAACAGAAAAAGGAAAUUGUCACCCUCUCCAACCAGACCUCCAAUGCGGAAGUGGCCUUACUUGGCAUGCUGAAUCGAUCUGACCUGGAUCCAAGGGUUCUAUCUAACACUGGUUGGGGGCAGACACAAAUUCGCCAGAAUGUGGCCUGGGAUCUGAACACCUCCAAACAGGGAGGAAACCGAAAUGAAAAAACAACAUCUUCCAUGUUCUCAUCAGGAACAUUAAAUACCAAUAGUGGGUACCUCACUACUUCAAGGAUAAAUACUACCGACGAGUCUGUUGGCAGCCAAACUGACAGCAUGAACUCUAACCCUGCUUCAGCGAGGGACACAUGGGAUAGUGGUACCUUACAAGCUACUUGUGGUUCUCACAUUUCUGAUGGCAUCAUACAACAGCCAAGAAUGCCAGAUAUAGAGGGCAGUCAAGGAAAUACUGCACGAAGUUGGGGUGAUCCUCCAACUGAGAACCUUGGCAAAGGAUGGACUGAAGAACACCAUUGGGGGGAGCAAAGAGGAGGGAACUGGAGGGAGAAAGGACAACAGAGCACUGGCUGGACAGUAAGCCCAGAGGAUAAAGGGACGGGGGGUUGGAAAGGAACUGAAAGGGGGAAGGUUGGUGGUUGGGGAGACUGGGCACAGAGUGAUUCCAAACCUGGAGCUGGGUGGGGAGAUGCUCGAAUCAGAGGCACAAGCAGCUCUGAUGAAGGAUCCUCGUGGGGUAACCCAGAUGAUUGUGCAUCUCAGCGGGGAGGAUGGGGUGGAGGAGAUGUCGCUAAGUCUCGCCAUGACUGGGGAGGUUCCAAGCAUCACACAGCAGCACCAUCACCAGACAACCAAGUGGCCACAAUGAAAAACCAACCACCAGGAGGAACUUUACUACAAGGAGGCUGGGACAGUCGGCCAAAUAUUUUAGGUGGCGGCCCACCAUCCAAGAUUCAAAACCAAAGUUCGGGCUGGGUAUCAGGCCCAAUCCCCCAAAUUUCAGGCGAUGACUCUGUAGAACCCAGUGGCUGGGAUGAGCCCUCUCCUCAGUCUAUUAGCCGCAAAAUGGAAAUUGACGAUGGGACUUCAGCCUGGGGAGAUCCCACCAAUUACAAUGGCAAAAAUGUGAAUUUAUGGGACAAAAAUAGAGCCCCGUCCAACGAAAGCCCUAAUCAGCAGGCCCCAGCAAUGCCACUGCAGCAGCAGCCACUGAGACGACACAGGGAUGCGAAUUCUGGAAAUGCAGCAGUUGGUCCAGGUAUGUGGGGAGGAGGUACACAAUCUGUUGAUAAUGGGUCAGGUGCUUGGAACCAACCUUCAGAUACGGCAUCAGGAUGGGGUGACUCAGAUGAUCCGAAAAUGUCUGGCUGGGGUUGCAUGUCACCCAACCCUGGUAAAAGUACCAAGUCGAUGGAGACCUGGGGUGCAAAGGGAGAGGGCUCAAUAGCAGCCUCCCGUCAUCCCAGCUGGGAAGAGGAAGAUGAUAGUGGAGUAGGGAUCUGGAAUAGCACUGGUUCCCAAGGGAGUAGUUCCUCCUUUAACUCUGGAGGCUGGAGUCAUGGAGGAAGGCGGGGCAACUUGAAGGUGGGGAGUGGAGACAGCUGGCUGAAUCCAAUAUCACGGCAGUUUUCAAACAUGGGUCCUCUGGGUGAGGACACCAGCCUAGAUAAGAAAGACGGAGACAAGAGAGGGAUUGCUGAUUACAAUGGGGAGUCGCGGAGAGGAGGAGGAGGAAGAAGUGGAGGAGGUUACCGCAUGUCUAAUUCCAAAGACAUGGGUCCUGUUGACAUGAGCACUUACGGUGAAAAAAUGGGUAGCCAUGGAAUGUAUGUUGGCAGCGGUGGUGGGAUGCAUCAGCCCCGGGGGAUACACCAACCUAGUGUGCAUCCAAUGAACCCAUCUCAGGGGCUUCGUGCUCAAGUGCCUCAUCCAUUCCUGUCUGCACAGGUGCCGGGUCCUAUGCUGAAGCAGAUGCCGUCUCCUGGUGGCAGUGUGGUUGGAGGUGUAGGAGGUGUUGGUUCCGUUGGUGGGGCUGGCGGUGUUGGUGGAGGAGUGUUCCCUCAGAUUUCCCCACAACAAUUAGCUGUGCUAAGCAACAUCUACCCCCACAUGCAGCAAUUCCAUCUGGCCUGCCAGCUUUUGCUACAACAACAACAACAGCAGCAGCAACAACAACAACAGCAGCUUCUGCAAAACCAGCGUAAAUUCCCACAGCCACAGCCACUCAGACAGCAGCUAGACCCACAGCAGUUGGCAAGGAUUGUGGCAAUUCUCCAGCAACAACGACAUCAACAGGGUGGAGCAGCUACAGGGAGUUCAAAAUUAUCCCCCUCUCAUCUUGGAGGAAGUCUGUCAAAGCAGCCAAUGGUUGAUUCCUAUCCACCACCUGGAGUGGGAGGCCAUGUAUCAGAUCCACAUUCCAAAAUGCAAGGGAUGUACUCUGGGUUUGCUCCUGGUGGCAACCUAUCAGGAUUGGAACUUGGAAGUCCCAUGAUGGGAGGGAUGAAAGACAUUGGAGGACAGCAGUCACGCUUCAAAUGGAUGAUGGAGGGACAUUCCCCAGCACCAUCUCCACCUGACUCAACCCUUCUCAAGAACGGCUCCACAGAAAACUGGCAGCGUACCCCUGGAAGUAAAAUGGGGAACAAGCCUUCCUUAUCCAGUUGGCCUCCAGAGUUCCAGCCUGGUGUGCCCUGGAACGGAAUGCAGAAUAGCGGUGACCUUGAUUCUGACCCUUACAUCACCCCCAGUAGUGUUCUUGGAUCCCCAGGACCCCCAACCCUCAAUGAUUCUGACCAUCAGUUAUUGCGAGAUAACAUAGGGCCAAAUCCUGCCCUCAACACCUCACUGCCUUCACAUGGUGCCUGGCCCUACAGUGCCUCAGACAGCCCACUCGGCAAAGCACACAAUACAGCAAAGUACUCAGAAUACAAGUCCAGCUGGCCCCCUGAGCCCAUCGGACAAAGUAAGUCGUGGAAGGCCAAUCGCAACAGCUCACAGCCGCCACGCCCCCCUCCCGGCUUAACAAAUCAGAAGCAGGGCGCACCCUCUCCUUGGGGAAGCGUAGGCCCACGGAUAGCCCGGGGCUGGGGAGCGGGUGGUGGUAAACACGACUCAAGAUUUGGGCCAGGCACAGCUUGGAGUGAUGGUGUGGCAUCGAGAGGCAGUUCCUGGUUGCUGUUGAGCAACCUGACACCGCAAAUAGAUGGCUCCACACUCAAAACGAUCUGCAUGCAGCAUGGUCCCCUGCUGACCUUUCACCUUGGCCUUACCCAGGGCAGCGCUCUGAUUCGCUACAGCAGCCGUCUUGAAGCAGCCAAGGCCCAGGGUGCACUGCACAUGUGUGUACUGGGCAACACCACAAUCCUGGCAGAGUUCCUGAGCGAAGAAGAAGUUGCUCACUAUUUUGCACAUUGCCAGGCUGCAGCUUCUGAUGAAACUAGCACAGGAGGAGGAGCAGCAGCAGCAGGAGCAGCUGCUGGUAUGCAGGUUUCACCUGGAGCAGGCAGCGUAGUGACCCAAGGUGGAGCUAGCUCUCCAAGAAGUGAAGGGGCAGUAGUGAGCACCACUUCGGGUGGAGAUGGAAGUGGAAGUGGAGUAGAAAGCGCAUCUGUUGGUCCGAGUGGUGUAAUGUCCCCCGGUUCUGGUUGGCAGAGUCUGGAAGGUACAGGUAGCUGUUCAGAAACCACCUCAGCCCAAGCGCCCGGGCUGGGGAUUUUUUCCCAAUGGAGUGCCAAUGGGUCAGGAGGGGUGGGGACUGGAACAGAACAUGGCAGGUCUGGACUUUGGGGGGGCAUGGCUGCAGGAUACCAUGGUAGCGGCCUGUGGGGGGCACCACAAAUUGAGGAACGGCACCAAAUGGACAGUCCCGCUGCUUUGUUGCCGGGUGAUUUGCUGGGUGGUGGAGCUGAUUCGAUCUGAAGAGCCUUGUCCUUAUGUAGGUUUGGACACACUGAUACUGCAUACACUGGGAUAGACUAUGUAUUUACUAUAGCACAUCGACACAUUUACAGAUAUGCAUAUAUUAAUGUUCCACACAUGUGCAUACACAUUGUUUGCAUAUCAAUGUGCUCACGCAUAAAGAAAAAAUGUGAGACAUGCUUACACACAUUCUUGUGGCCAGACUUAAGCUAUUAUAUAAUAAACGCAGGGACUGUUAGUUGUAUACAGCCUUUUUUUCCACAGAUGAAGAUUUCAACUGCUUAGACUUGAAAACUGAAUAAGAAUGGUAAGUCAGUUGGUCUGAAAGACUAGACGAGACUGUAUUGUGCUUAGUAAAUGGAGGAUUUUUGAACAGAGUUUCAUUCAUACACCAAAUUCAGAUGCACCUUUUAAAAGGUCACUGUAAACAGCAUUACCUUCAUUGUUUUAAGAAAAUGUAGAACUACGACUUGUGAAAAGUGCAGUUUGUAUUCACGCAUCUGGUAAAAUGACAUUAAUCCAAACACAUGCAAUCAGCUCUGAUUAACAGAACUGCAUCUUACUGUGUAUGUCAAGUUUGUUUAUAUUUUUCCAAUUUGUAUGUAAGGCUUUAAUUUUUGAAUUGUGAAAAUAAUGUUAUUUUGUUUUCAAAAUGCUGACCUCCUACUGUUUUACCUUGCGCACUCUUGUUAUCUCUUGAAUAUGUUUGUUACUGUUGCAGUGAUACAUGUUUAAAUUGAGGCUUUUUUUAAAAGUUCAUUUUGCAUUUCUCCUUGUGUGGAUACUAUUAUCAUUCACACUAUGGACAUGAGAGUGAGUGAGACUGAGACCAAGUAAGUGGAUUAAACCACCACUGUUAAUUUGUGCGCGUGCGUGUGCAUGUUACUGCCUGUCAAAAGUGCAGGCAAGGCUGCUUACUAUACAGAAGGUCUAUAUGAAUUGUUUUGUGUGUUCGUUGUACUGCUGAAUGUGUUAAGAAUAUUGGCACUAAAGCUUUUUUCUCUUAUUAGAAGUUGUUUGUUUUUAGUAGAGUUAGAUUUAUAUUGUCCAAACUGCAAUAAUUGAAAAAAGUGAAUGACACAAACAGCUAAAGGCAUACGUGUUAGAAAAAAAAUGAAAUGCCAAAUCUUAUCAAACUCUGUGGAAGGGGGUGGGGUGGGUUGUUUACAAAUGCAGAAAGAGUUACCAUACGUUUUUAAUGUUCUGAUGAUGUGUAUUUGUUUUAAAUUAAGACAGGUUUUAACACUCCUGUUCAGUGGUUUUGUUUUGAGAUUUUACAAAGAAAAACAUAUUUAAACUAAUGAGAACAAUAUUAAUAAAGUAUUGGCUUGUUUAAAAUGUGUAUUGGAGUCACUUCAGAUAUUCUAGUCUUGUCUUUGAAAUUAUAAUGUGGCGUGGGAAUCAUUAAGCAUGUCAUAAAGCUCACCUUUCAAGCGCGUUUAUUGACCUUGCCAAUUAUAAAUUGUGACAUCAGCGACUUUCCGUACCCAAAUCAAUCCUACAUCGGUUUACUGUAAACUGCUUACGUUAUUAAAAUUAAGCCCCCUCUCACAACGAUUUGAUCAUUUUAAACCGUUUUAUUCUUUGCAUAAUCCUAUUUGAUCAAUUGUAUUGAUAACGGGUAAUUGUGCAGAAAAUAACGUGAUGAGAGAUCGUAAGCGCUACAAAAAGGUUCACG